AUGAAUGCAGAUUGGAGGCCAGCUGGCAAUCUCAUGAACAGUGUUGAGAAAAGGUUCAUGUACAUUCGCAUGUGGAACAGUACAUCAGUCUAUACAUUGCUCAAAGCUCCACGCUAUCGUCGAUUGUGCUGUGUGGCCUGCUCGAGUUCUCUUCUACUGUCACUGUUUGCUGCUGUUAUCGCUAUUUCCUAUUUCGACCGACAACACAACAAUAUUAUCCAUGAGUAUGUGGCUCGGCAUGACGACGUCGCGAUUUUAUCGGCCACCUAUUAUCCGACCUCGAAGAGCUUUGAGAACAAUACCGUUGUAUUUCUGCUAAAUGCUCAUCAAGUACUUCACUUGAAACACUCUGAGCUUCAAGGUGUAUCCAGAAACUCGUCCGGAUCAACGAGAACUACCUUCAGAAUUUAUCCGGUUGUCCAGCAGCUUCCUUUUUACUGCAAAUGGGUUCCUUUUAUUGCUGUUGGUCAGGUUAGCCAGGGAAUGACUUCUCUACAACUGGGGACAAACGAAAUUGGCAUGAAGGUCCCAGUACGACUGCCUUAUACUGAAAAACAUGAUGUUGUAGCCUGCUUUUCCCCGUUGUUUCUCAAUGAGCGUUGGCAACUAUUACUACUUACUGCUGAGGUAUACAGUCAUUACGGUGCCGCCAUGCAUUUCUACGUUCGAUCGAUGAUCACAGAUCUGUUCUCAAUUCUGACCCGAUAUCCAAAUGCACGAGUGAAUCCAUGGCCUGGGGUUCAGUUAGGCUCGAAAAGAGCCAAUUCACAUUCAUUCGAUCCUAAUCUUGAACUCGAAUUCCGAAAUCAAGCAGCAGCGAUGACGGAUUGUUUGCUGCUCUAUAAGGAAUCCGCAAAAUUCAUCAUAUUCCCCGACACUGAUGACAUAAUCAUACCACGACUUGGAAGAACUUAUUUUGAAGAGUUCCAAAAAGUUUUCCGGAUGUAUCCAGACGCGGCUGCGAUUGCGUACAAUAUGAGCCAGUCAGGCAUAUCGUCGACCACAGCACCUUCCACCUACUCUCCGGUAGACAUUCUGAAGUCCAUUCAAUUCCGAGGUGAAACAAGAUGGGGUAAGAUCGUGGUGAAACCUGAGCGUGCGGACAGUGCAUGGAUUCAUAGAAGCUAUGGGAUACGAGAAGGCUAUGAGCAGGUUUCCCUACCGAUAGAGGUGAAUUCAGCCCUUCACCUACGUUUCUGGAAUUUCAUCAAUCACACACAAGUCUCUGAUGCUCCACUGCCAACUUAUGACCCACUGCUGAUGAGUGUGGGCAACGCACCAUUGUUUAACAGUAGUGAUUUGACGGAAAUACAGAAUAGUUUUGCGAGCAAUAUGAGGAGUGUGCCUGGCACCUACGAACGUCUACCGGAAGUUUCGAUCUAUUAUCCGUUAAUCGAACAGUGUUACAAUCGUAUUUUCUACAACGGAGAACAGCAUAGCAAAUGUAAAGGACCGGAAUUGUGCGAUUUACCGCAAUUUCCUGGCGUACGAUGUAUGAACGUGAAGAGCGAAUAUGAAACUUUUGACGGAUACGAUAGAAUUUUCCUUCAUCGCCUUGUUGAUGUUCAUUUUGAGCCCAGUGAUCUCGGAUGUACAAUGUAA